CACGUGAUAAACUGAUCGGGAAAAAAAUGAGGAUGAUCUUUCUUCAACUAGUCAACAUACUUUUAAAACGUAGAUAAUGUAAUCUAUGGACCUACAUGUAUUUAUAAAGAAGAAACUAAUAAAUGGUAAACAGAACAGAUAUGAGAAAUAUUAAUCAAAGGAUGAAUUUGUAGAAAUGGAAAUAAACAGCCCAACAAUUCAACAGGAGACUUCAGAAAAUUGUUCCCUAAUACCAAACUCAGAAAUGGAAAGGGUUGAAGAAAUCAUGUCUGACCAGAAUACAGCAGACUUACAACACAACAGCCAUUCCAUUACUGAUUCUGGGAAUUCUGAUUGUAAAGACAAACCAGAUGGUACUGCACAACCAGAUGAAACUAGCAAAGAGGCAUUGUCAUCAACUAUGAUGGUUUCUUCUGUAGACAGAAUGGGAAAGGACUCAGAGGCUGAUAAUGGUAUGGAGUGUCUUGAUGAAUUAGAUGGAUCUUCUAAACCUGCCAAUGAUGAAAGCACUAAUGAUGGAGGUGAUCCUGAGAAGGAGGUUGUUACUGAUAUGGAGUUUGAGGAUGGAUCUGGUGUACCUGUAACAGAUGACACAACUAUUGAAGGAAGUAAUCCUGUGAAUGAAGAGGACAAUGAGAUUUGUAGAACACAAGAAAGUUACCUAUCACAGAAAGAAACAGACAUGCAUGAAAAGAAUGAGAUAAACUUAUUCUGUUCAAGUGAAGAAUCCUCAUCAGUGGAAGUUACAAAGGAAGAUAAUUGUCCUGUACAAGAAGAUAAUCAGGAACUAAUUGGAGAUGAUCAAGAUGUUUGUGCCAAUGAGUUUUCUAUGAAUGAUCAAGUACCUCUAGUAACUGAGUUGGAUGUUUCUGAUUCUAAGCAAAUAGCAGAUUCUACUAAUUUUGAUAGAACAAAUGAUAUAAAUGAUUCUGGAGAGAGUUAUCAAAGCAGUGAGUAUGCCACAAAUUGCAGUCCAAAUAAUGUCAGUCUGUUGAAUAUGGAUGAAAAGCAAAUUUCUGAUCAGACAGUUUCAAGCUCAGAUAAUCAAAAUGAGGAAGAACCAAACGUUAAAUCAAAACACAAUGAGAAUAUCUGGGACAAACUCCAAGUAACGGGACAGUUUAAUAGUAGCUUUGAAUCUCCUUCUAUGGGAGAUAACUCAUGUACGCAGAAAAAAUUAGAGAAUGUGACAAUAGCUAAUGAAUUGCAACCAGCAGUGGACCUGGCAUGUUCUGAGAACAGGAUGUGUGACUCAGAAAGGGGGACAAGUACAGAUGAUGAUAUUACAGAUUUCGCUAUAGAAAUCCAAGGAGAUAGCAAUGAAGAUUGCAGGGAACAUGAAGUUAUGGAAGAUCAAAGUACACAAAAACAAGCUGUUGAUGAUGAUCAGCCAAUGGAACCGGACUCACAGGAUCCUUGUACUAAAGGUGACUCACAGGGCAUUAGUACUGAACCUUCCAGUAGCAACUAUUUACAAAAAAUUUCAAAUGUUAUCAGGAAAAUUGAUUCUUCAAAAUCAAUUACAGCUCAAAAGAAAGAUAGAGAUAAUAUUUUUUCUGUCCUGAGGGCAGAAAUUACACAUGAAAAUACGGCAAGUUCUGAAAAAGAAGAUAUUAAUAUCAAGGAUUCUGAGCAUGGAAUGGAUGAUGCAACUUCAACGGAUGAAAUUUCAGACAUGAAUAAACAAAACAAAAUUGAUACAGAAGUCCCUAAGGAGUCAAGAGAAACUCAAGCAGUGGAAGUUCAGAAUUUUGAGACUUCUUUAGAUAAAACCACUGGUAUUCCAAAUGAAGAAAGUUUAGAUGGUAAAGAAACCACAGAAACUAGUGCUGAAGAACUAGAUCAAAACAGCAAUGAAAAUAUACCUGAUCAAAAAAGUCCAACACCAGUUUCCCAGCCAUCUUGUUCAGUUGGUAGUCAAGAAGAUAAAGAAAGUAUGGAUGGCACUGCUGACAAAAGCCAUGAGCCAGAAAUUGUUUCACCUUUAAGGACUAAAGGUGGAAGGUCAUUUAUGCAGGCUUUGAUACCAACAACUAAAUCAGAUGCUACUACAAGUCUAUCAACAGCUGCAAUUAAAACAGAAAACAGUUUUAGUUUAGGACCAAUGGAAGAAUCUGGGGAUAUUCUUGAUAUUUUAGCUUCAACAAACUCUGAAACAUCAACUUCACAUUCUAGUCCAACCAAUAAAAGUGGUACAACAACGUCAACAGUUUCCACAUCAGGAACAUUCCAUCCACCUGCAAGAAUAAAAAUUAAACAGGAACCAGUAGAUACUUAUAGUAAUAAAUCCAAUGUGAUGGCCAGUCCACUGCCUCCAGCAAUUUCAACAUCAAAUAGUCUUGAACAUUUAUCUAGACAAGUUGAUAAUCUUGUAAGGCCAAGAAUUCACAAUAUAGCGAGAAAAAGUACAACAGGGAGACCACAUUCAAACAGAAGACCCAAGCCUACACCGGCUGUAGAUAUGAUCUGUAAUCCUUAUCCAAAUGAUAAUGUGUCGGUAACUCCCCUGCAGAUACAGCGCACAAUGCUGUCAAGAAGUAAUGUUACUAAUGUUAUACAGGCAGGACCCAGGGUAAUGCUGCAGCCAGUGGUACCACCAACAAUUGUUGUGUCAUCUGCUUCUAGUUUGUUAUAUCCUGCACCCAAUGUACAAGUUGUACAUUCCAGACCAGAACAACCUGUUCAGUCUAAACCAGGACCAGUAGCUACUCAAGUUCAAACUUUAACUGUAGUGUCUAAUGGAAAGACACUAAAUGUUCCAGCUUCUUCAGUGUUUACGGUAACCAAAGUAGUUCCAUCAACAAGCACCUGCAAACCUGCCUCACAACAGUUGCCAUUAUCUAAAAGUACAAUCAAUAUUGACACAGUUGGUUUAAGUGCCAUAACAGAACUGAUAGCCAGGAAAAACCCUAUACCUAACUAUAAACCACCACCAGUACCAGAUAAUUUAAAAUCUCUCAUUGCAGAAGAAAAAUGCAAAAAUAUUUGCUAUGAAUGUGGUGACACCUUCCUAUUUGAGUCUAGCUUGAGAGUUCAUAGAUCAAGGACAAGUAUGUCUUUAAGCUACAGAUGUGAGGAAUGUAAAGCAACAAAGAUCUUUUUCAACAAAUGUCAGUUUUUGGGGCAUUUGAGAAAUCAUUUAAAUAUUGACAAGUCGCAAGCUGUGCCAAUUCAUAUAAAGUCUGACUCCAUUUCCAUAACAACAUUGGACCAUGGUUCAAACAUGAACUACUUGUUUAAAUGGCUUGAUGACAUAGAUACAAAACCAGAGUCACUACCCACAAGACCAAAGGUGAUUCAGUCAACGGUCAAACCGAAAGAUGUUCAGAAAAAAACUGUACUAGUUCAUAGUCCUGCAAAAGACCAGUCGCUGUCAAAACCAAUAAAAAGUACUAUCAAGAAGGAAGAAGGAUUCCAUAGAUGCCAUGAGUGUGGAGGUAUUUAUAAACAAGUUUAUAAACAUUUUGGCUACGAUAAUGAGGACAUGUCACAGUACUCGUGCAGUACAUGUAAGAAACUACAUCCAACUAUUUGUUCGGUAAGAGCACACAAGCGUAUCCAUGAUGACAAGGAACCAUACAUAUGUCCUGAAUGUGGCAAAAGUUUCUCAACAUUAUACAUAGACGAAAAGAUGUCUAAUCCCAAAGAAUCCUUUGCCUAUCAUGUGUAUUACACCUGUUUUCACACCUGUCGUAUGAGGAAAAUACAAUGUACAAAAUGUGAGAAUGAUGUGAUAUGUACUUCUCUCCAAGAGUAUCAAUUACAUGUAUCAGAGAAGUUAGAACAGUAUUACAAAUGUCAGCAUUGUCCAAUGGCUUUCAAACUACCACAAUCAUUUCAGAAACAUUUAGCAAGUCAUGAUAACUUAGGCACUAAAAGAAGCUAUAAAGUGAUCUAUCGAUGUCAUUUGUGUGAUUCAGUGAUGGAUGAUAAAUCUGUGUUGGAUAUACACAUAACGAAACAUGUAAACGAGGCAAGAAUCAAAAGUUGUGUGGAGUACCGUUGUAGAUUUUGCAAGCAAUGGUUCAAAACACGCACAGAUAUAAAAGUACACACAAGAAACAAACAUGGAGGCAUAGUUGACAAGCCAACUAGUAUCGCCAGCAAGAUGUACACUUGUAAAUGUCAAGAAUGUGGAAAAUUAUUUGAACAUCUUUAUGACAUUCUGAAGCAUGAGCUGUUGAUGCAUUCUGUUAAGACAUCAGAGCAACAUAUGACAAACUAUAAAUGUCGCACAUGUGGACUUAUUAUCUUCUGUGGUAACGGUGGAAAUAAGACACAUUACUGUAUCAACCCAGAUCCAUCCAAGGCAGCAACCGUGAAACAUUUUGAAGUUAUGAAAGACAAAAGGCUGAAGAAAGGUGCCAUUCAACCUGAAGUAGAGGAAGACAAUGGACCAUUUAAAUGUACAUUGUGUUUUAAAGAAGAAACAUCUCGUAAAUCUUUACAAGGUCACCUGUUAUAUCAUCAGACCAAAGGAGAUUUGAUCUGUUAUAUGUGUCAGCUUCAAGAGUUCUCUACCUUAGCAGCAGUACAUGAACAUCAAAGAGUUUGUCCACGGAAGGUAGAAAAACAAAUUGAUGUGAAGGAUACAAAAAUGAAAAGGGUAAAAAAGAAGAAACAGGUACUUCCCUGUAUAGAGUAUCCAUGUGAUGUCUGCGGCUUUACUUGCUUCAACAAAACAGAUCUAGCUAAACACCACAAGGAACAUCACAGCGAUACAGGAAUCUAUCCAUGUCAUUUAUGUAGCUUGACAUACCAGUCACAGGAAAUGUUAAGAAAACAUAUAAUGGUCACCCAUGAAGGGAGGAAGGUACAACUAUCCUGCCAUGUCUGUAAGAAACGUGGCAUCAAGAAGAUGUUUUACUCUAAAGAAAGACUUGAAAAGCAUUUAUCCAUGAAACAUAAAUAUUCCAAACACAAAACCACAGACUUGGACACUGUGGUAAAAGAUAUUGAUUUAAUUGACACAGUUUCAGAAACAUAUGCAACACAUGAUUCUGUCAAACGCAAGCAUGGUGACCUGGAUGAUUCUGGUCCCUUCAAAAAGUUGAGGGUUGAUGGAGAAGCUCUAUUCACAUGUGCAAAAUGUUCAUUCACCAGCAAUGAAAGAACAAGCUUUGUAACCCAUUUAACAGAACAUAAAUUGGAGAAUUCCGUUCAGUGUUUAGAAUGUGGACUAAAUUUUGCUGUUAUGCCUUCAUUAAACAAACAUUUGUUUAUGGUACACAAGAUCAGAGAUUUUGAAAAGUAUUGUAAAGAGAAUGAUAUUUCUGAAUUACCUGAAGCAUUGAUGGAUGACAGUGAAAUCAGAAAAGGUCUCAUAAGUGAAAGUGAAAGUGACGAAGUUGAUGUGGAUCAGGAAUCAGAACCCCUCAAUCCACUGGAGUGUAGAGUAUGUUAUAAAGUAUUUGAUAAUGAGGCUGCUGUCAAAUCACACUUACGAACUCAUGGUAUGGCUUUUAUCAGGAAUAGACGGGCAAAGGCUCCCUCACAAAGUAAAGAUACUGUCAACGGAGGAGAGGAUACUAGCUUAAGUGACAGUAGCUCCAAGAAUUGAUGUCAUCAGACAUUUAUAACAGGCUUAUAGAUGUCUACAUACUCCUCCCUUGGUCUUGGGUGUAUAUGUAACUCAUUGGUAAUUAUACCAGGCAUCCUCUUAUUCUGAUAUUAAGCUUUCAUAUUAAGAUAUAAUCGUUUUUUUCCUAUUAACUUAUUAUAUUUAGAUUUUUCAUAUGAAAUGAAGUAUUAUUCAAUACAUAUUUGUAUAUCAAUUUAAUUGUUAAAAGAUUAUAUUUUUUUACAAUAAGGUUCUUGUAUUCAAAAGAAAGACAUCAUAUUUUAUACCAAUCAUUUGAGUCUAUGAAAUUUUGAAUUAUUCCUGAACUAUCCAUAUCUUUAAAGACAUCUGACAUUUAAUUAUUUGAUAUUAAACUUGCCAUCUUUAUUGUAAAUCAUUUUGCUUCAUUAUUUUCAAGUUCAAACACAAAAACUAUUGAAAAAUUCUGGGUUGGAGAUUUAACUUAAUAUAUGUAUUAUUUUAUCCAUAGAAAUGUAUUCUGAACUGUCUGUUGUAAUUAAUUAUAUUCAAUAAUGUGUUAUUUAUCUAUUGUUUGAACAAGUCCAAUGUUAAAAAAAAUAAUUUUCAACUGUAAGCUACAAAUAUUUUUAGAAAAUAUCUAUGGUCAGUCAAAAACAGAAAGUCAAACGAAGACAACACCAUGGCAAAAAAAAACCUGUGGGAAAAAACAUUUAAAAAGCUGACGAUUUAAUAGUGUGUGUUUAAAACCCCCCUGUCAAAUGGGUGGCAAGCUAGAUUGGGCAAUAAGUGUUAACAUUGUAUAUUUCAAAUGAGUUUCUUUACAAUACUUACCAUAUCACUUGAAACACAGAAGUGUUGUUAGAGACCAUUAUACCAGGCGCGUAGCUACGUUUACGUCAAAAUGCCCGGGCGUGCACAUGAAUUUUGGAGGGAAAACUAUUUUGUUCCAAAUAAAUUAAAGGAACUGUUUAAAGCAUACGAGCAAUUGUAAUGCUUUCUUCGAGGACUCGUAAGUGAAGAUAAAAGUGACAAAAUUUACUUUUUAAUCAAGUGGUAUCAUAUUAUAUAUUUGUUCAUUUUCUGUCAAACUUUGAAUCUACUGUGAAUAUUCUACUCAUAUUACUAUUGUUUAAAGCAAUUUAUUAUCUGCUGGAAUACCAUAUGUGUGGGUUGCAAUUUUAUGUUACACCUGACAAUCUAUGAAAAUAUAUUAUUUCAUGUGUCCAAUAACGAAAUUUUCCCGUAAAAAGUUGUGAAAAUUAUAUGAAGUUAAAAUAACUAAUAGAAAUUGCUUUUUUACUAUUUUUAUAAAGUUUAAAUGUUUUUGUUGACUGAUUGGUUUACCCAACAUCUCCUUUUAAAGAUAUUCUAAAGUAACUGGUUUGGACAAUUUUUUCUAAAACAAAGGACCAUUAGAUUCAAAAUCAACACAAUGAAAUCAACAUGAAAAAAAACCAAAUCAAACUUUGAAAGAGAGGCGAAAGAUAUCAAAGGGAUAUUCAAACUCAUCAGUUGAAAACAAACUGACAAUGCCAUUUCAAAAGACGAAAAAUGACGAAAAGACAAACAACAGUAAAUAAAAGGCAACAUAGAAAACUAAAGACUAAGCAAUACAAACCCCACCUAAAACCGGGGGUAAUCUCAGGUGCUCCAGAAGGGUAAGCAUAUCCUGUGUCACAUGUGGUACCCGUCGUGUUGCUCAUGUAAGUAAAACCUCUGUGAUAAGUCUAAUUCGCUAGGUCAAAUUCGAGGAAAAGAGAAUGGUAUUGUGGUAACAACGUCGUCAUCUGUGAAACAGUCAACCAACUCGUGAUAGUGAUGUUCAAUUUUUUCGAAGAGAUGCUUUCAACUUCACCACUUGGAACUCUUGGUUUAAUAGUUUCCUUGUAAGUAGCAACCUCAUUCAAAGAAAUCAUGAUGGGAAAUGUAAGUUCUGAAAUAUUGUUUUAACUGGGAGAUAUAUACUCCACAUGCAGGUUCUACUGGAAUGUUGCUACAUAGAAAUGGAAAGUUCCCAACUGGGAAGCUGAAAUCAUCUCUUAUGUAGUAAAAUUUUGUUCUCAACCGACCAAGUAUGUUGCUAUUGAUGAAUUUUGAAUGACAGAAAUGGUAUCUUUUUCACGAUAACGCGUGAGCUUCCGGGUGUUUCGCCCCUACCCGGAAGUCCUCUGCCCUGGGGUCACUUGGUGCCUUCAGACUCCUCGCCGAGGUUUGGGUGUACACUUAUAAAAGACCUUGCUACGCCACUGUAUACACAAGUUAAGUUCAUCUUUGACAUUUUAUAUUUGUCAGUCACGAGUAGUGUCUUAUAGAAAUACGGAAAACACCAUUGCUAGACCCAGCAUCUGUUGGGGAGUAAGGGAAGUUGUGUUUAUAAACCAAUUCUUUCUAUUUUUCAAUUUAUACAGUUUUAUAUGUAACAACUAAACUAUUCGAGUGUGUGAAUUUACAUGUUGAUUUUGCCUGUAUUUUAGCUGAACUAUGAAUUCUUUGUUAGCUACUAUAAAUAUAGAAACUAACUGAUCAAACAGGUUUUUCUAUCAUCCUUUUGUUACCGUGCCCAUUAUUUUAUUAGCAAAAAAUAACUUAUUGUCAUGCUUUCAUAUGGUACAAGUAGGAAAUAAUGGAAAUAUUGCUUUUUUGUCAUUUUUGUGUUCAAGCAAAUUUCGCUUUAUUGGUAUUUUUUUGGUACAAUUUUUGGAAAAUGAAAAGACAAAAAUGGGCCAUCAUACUUAUUUCCUUACUCUUAAGAAAAUGAAUUUAAAGUUAAAUAUAUUAGAAACUGUUUUUUAGAAUUAUCUCUCCUUCUAAAUGAAUGUCUUAAUUAUCAUGAAUAUAUCUGUUCUGUUUUGUAAAUUAAAUUUUACUAUAGCUAAACAAGUGUAACGAAUAAAUUAUAUAACUAGAUCUUAAUAUACUGAUUUCAGAAAAAAUCUAUUAAUCAUUUGCAUAACCAAGAUGUCAGAAUAUUUCCAUACUACCAUGGUAUGAUACAUUUUAAUUGCUCAAUUCAUGUCAUCAUAAUGCCUGUUCCUUAUUGUAAUAAGUAUAAAAAUUAGAUGUACUAUAUAAUGUUGAAAAUUAUUCUUUUAUUGUUUGUUAGAUGAAUUUGUACAUAUGUUAUUUUUACAUUGUCCCUAAAACAUUUUAUUCCAUAUAUAUUACACAUAUUACACAAUGUCUUUUCAUCAUUUAUUUCCCAGUUGUAAUUAAUAGUGAAACACUGUGUACCUUCCAAAUUACAAAUCUACCACCUGGAAUGAUGUCUUAACAAGUUCAUAAAUUUCUUUUGUCAACAAGAGUUUGAUUUUUGUUCCCUGUGAAGAUUGUUGCAGAAUGAAAGACAUAGGAAUGAUUAUCCAAUAUUUGGUGUAUAUAAUGAUUGUAAGGUGUACAUGUCGGUCUGGUAGGGUUCAUCUGACCUUGACCAUGAGUUUGAUGGUUGAUUCAUUGGUCAAUGUAGUUUUUAUACGACCGCAAAAAAAUUUUGAGGUCGUAUAUUGUUAUGACGUUGGCGGCGUCAUCGUCGUCGUCGUCCGAAGACACAUUGGUUUUCGCACUCUAACUUUAGUUUAAGUGAAUGGAUCUCUAUGAAAUUUUACCAUAAGGUUCAAUACCACAAGAGGAAGGUGGGGAUUGAUUUUGGGGGUUAUGGUACCAACAGUUAAGGAAAAAGGGGCCAAAAAUAAGCAUUUUUGUAACUUCCAGACAUAACUUGUGUGUUAGUGUAUGGAUCUCUCUGACAUUGUACCACAAGGUUCCAUAUCACAGAGGGAAUGCUGGGAUUGAUUUUGGGGGUAAUUGCCUCUAAAUUUUAGGAAUUCGAGGCCAAAAAGGGGCAAAAAACAAGCAUUUUUCUAGAUUCAUGACAAUUACUUGUAUGUAAGUGUAUGGAUCUCUCUGACAUUGUACCACAAGGUUCCAUAUCACAAAGGGAAUGCUGGGAUUGAUUUUGGGGGUAAUUGUCUCUAAAUUUUAGGAAUUGGGGGCCAAAAAGGGGCAAAAAACAAGCAUUUUCUAGUUUCAUGACAAUAACUUGUGUUCAAGUGUAUGGAUCUUUAUGAAAUUGUACAAGGUUCCAUAUCACAAAGGGAAAGCUGGAAUUGAGUUUGGGGGUAAUUGUCCAAAACGUUUAGGAAUAAGGGGCCAAAAAGGGGCCAAAAAUAAGCAUUUUUCUAAUUUCCAGACAAUAACUUGUGUUCAAGUGUAUGGAUCUCUCUGAAAUUGUACUGCAAGGUACCAUACCACAAAGGGAAGGCUGGGAUUGAUUUUGGGGGUAAUUCCCUCAAAAUUUUAGGAAUUAGGGGCCAUAAAAGGGCAAAAAAACAAGCAUUUUUCUAGUUUCAGGACAAUAACUUGUGUGUAAGUGUAUGGAUCUUUAUGAAAUUGUACUGCAAGGUUCCAUAUCACAAAGGGAAAGCUGGGUUUGGGUUUGGGGGUAAUUGACCUAAACGUUUAGGAAUUUUGGGGCCAAAAAACAAGCAUUUUUCUAGUUUCCAGACAAUAACUUGUGUUCAAGUGAAUCGAUCCCUCUGAAAUUGUACUGCAAAGUACCAUACCACAAAGGGAAGGCUGGGAUUGAGUUUGGGGGUGAUGAAUCAUAAGGGGGUUCAAAAAAUUUGGGGGGGAUUUUUUUUUCCUUUUUUUUCUUUAAAUUUUCCAUUUUAAAUUGGUUAUUUCUGAUUUAUAUAUAAAAGCAAAUAUAAUGAUAUGGUUUGAAUAGGCAAAUUAAAAAUUUUUUAAGUUCUUAGACCACAUUCAUUCUGUGUCAGAAACCUAUGCUGUGUCAAAUAUUUAAUCACAAUCCAAAUUCAGUGCUGUAUUAAGCUUGAAUGUUGUGUCCAUACUUGCCCCAACUGUUCAGGGUUCGACCUCUGUGGUCGUAUCAAGCUGCACCCCAGCGGAGCAUUUUAUUUGUGGAUAAAGUCUGUUUCUCAGAUUCGUUCAAUUAACCAAAUAUAUAGUGGACAUUUUGCCAAUUGUAUCCAAGAUCAAAUUAUGGUGUUAGGAAAGUGAUUGUUGGUAGUAUACAGCAUUCUUCUCCCAUGAAUCAUUAAACUUAGUUGAAUACUUUUGAAGUGCAUAAACCUUAUUGGAUAUUGUUAAAAUUGCCCCUGAAGGCAUAAAGAAAACUUUUGAUGACACCAGAUAUUUAAUUAAUGUAUGUUGGUUUCAUCAGACUUGGGAAGUACAAUGCUAUCCAAAGAGAAUGAAAUUGGACUUUAACAUUAGGACAUAAGGUUUAUUUUACCUGUAAUAUUUUUUGUCAUUCAAGUUAUCUUUGGACUUGUGAAAUGUAGUGUUUAGUUGGUGUAUAUUAGUUGAAUAUUAUUAUUGUUAGCAUCUCUUGUUGAAAAUCCAAUGUCUAAUUAAUCCAGAAUUUUUCUCUAACAGAUACUUAAGUCAUGCAGUAUUUUAAUUGAUAAACAGUUGUGACUAUAUUGAUCAGUUUCUUAGUGGUACAAUUUGUUAUAUGAUAUCACAGUUGCUUGAGUUUUUACUGCGUAGAAAUUAAGAGUGAUAUGGGCCAGUAAUGUUUUCACAGAUGAAUUACUUGUGUGUAACUGUUAUGUCAAGAUGUUAUUUUUACCACGUUUGUCAUCCUCCAAUAAAUAUAUAUACAGUA